AUGACCACUUUUCACAAGUCGCGAUACACAAUCGACAUCCCAAACAUCGAUCUGCUUUCCUACAUCUUUUCAUCCGGAGACAAGAAAUUCAGACAGAAGCCAUUGUAUUACGAUGCUCACCAACCACAUCGAUGCUACAGCUUAGCAGAGGGUGAGGUACUGGCCAAGCGAGUCGGUAAGGGGCUACAAAACCUUGGUAUCAAAGAAAACGACAAGGUUGUGCUGUACUCGGGUAACAAUUUGUACUUUCCGGUCCUCCUCUGGGGUGUAAUCGCUUCUGGAGGCAUCUUCUCGGCAGUUUCACAGACGGCCUCUGUUGGAGAACUCGAGACUCAAUUGAAGGAUCUGGGUGCCAGCAUUCUGUUGACCGGAAUCGACGGUGCCGAGACGGCUAAGAAGGCUGCCGCCUCAGCGGACAUUCCUCAGAGUCGGGUCCUGAUCUUUUGCGAUCCCGAGGAUAGCGAUACUCUCUGUACUCAAACAGAUUUGCAACCAUGGACUUCCUUCUGGGCAUCUAGCAGAGACGUCGAGAGCUGGUCGUGGAAGAAGUCCCAGGAUCCAACUUAUCUCGUCAACAAGACUGUUGUGAUCAAUUAUAGCAGUGGGACCACAGGCACUCCAAAGGGCGUUGAAAUCACUCACGCAAAUAUUGUGGCGAAUUCUUCCCAGCUAGUGUUUGUUCGGACGCUAUGGAAUCCCAACGACCCCGUCUCCGUCGCUCGCCACGAACGCCUUGGAAGAUCUGGCGAACGAUGGUUGGCUCCUCUUCCAAUGUACCAUGCUUAUGGUCAAAUCUACUAUUGCGUGAAUGCCCCCCGCACGCAAGCGAAAGUCUUCGUCAUGCGAUCGUACACCAUAACAUCCCUCCUUCAUUAUCUCGACAUCUACCGCAUAACUCUACUCACCGGAGUUCCAACCAUCCUGAUCCAGCUGUCUAAACAGCCGCCAGGAAAGUACAACCUGAAUAGCCUGGAGUACGCUCUAACAGGAAGCGCUCCCCUGGGCCCUGCAACAGGUCAACUCAUCGAGCGGGACUUCCUGCCUCCAGGUCUACCUUUGAAACAGGGCUGGGGUAUGACAGAAACCACCAACUCAAUCUCUGGCUUCUCUCCCGACGACAAGAACGUUCCCGAAUCGGUGGGAUUCUUGAAUCCAAACUGUGAAGCCAAGGUCGUCCCUGUGGAAGGCCAAGAUUGGAAAGAGGACAUUCCCACUGGUGCCGUGGCUGGAGAACUCCUAGUUUACGGAGCGAACAUUAUGAAAGGUUACCACAACCGUCCUCAGCAGACAGAAGAGACACUUCUAAGAGAGGAUGGGAAGAAAUGGUUGAGGACGGGAGACGUGGCCUAUCUCGACACGGAAGGCAGAAUUUACAUCAUAGAUCGCCUGAAGGCCCUGAUUAAAGUAAAAGGCUUGCAAGUAUCUCCCGCGGAAUUGGAAGCUGCGAUUCUAUUACACCCUGGUGUCGCGGAUGUGAGUGUUGUGGGCGCCAAAACUCCUGACGGCGCGGAGUAUCCGCGGGCCUUUGUGGUGAAGAAGGAUGAGGGAAUCACUGCACGGGAGGUUUUCAACAUCAUCUCGGGCAAGUUUUCGAAACAUAAGCAUUUGACUGGAGGGGUGUUCUUUAUCGAUGAGAUUCCGAAGACGGGGUCGGGAAAGGUGAUGAAGAGGAUGUUGCCGGAUUAUCCACUUCGAUUGUCGAAGAUGUGA